AUGAAGCGAGUGAAGAAAUCCAGCAGAGUUUGUUGGGCAACUGAAGCUAAUCUUUGUCAGGCAAAAUUUGUCCAAUCAGAAGAUUGCCUAUCUGAAGUAGGUAGGGAACCUCCUGGCAAUCCUCACGAAAAGGUAUCAAACGAAAAUAUUGCGAUUGCUGAUGGUUUUCCUGGUUCGUCAGUCGGAAGCUAUCCCAACCAACUGAGCCAUAAAGGUGUCUCACACAUUCCUCAGAUUCCCUGGAGAACUCCUCCUCGAUUUGAUUUGAAGUUUGAAUGUCACGUGGCUGCUGGGGAAGAAAGUGAAGAGGUAGAGGUUCAAAAGCACAGGGAAAUGAGAGUGCAUGAGGCAGUUUAUCCUCACUUUUCUGCAGUUCCUCACUGCCCCUCGAUCUCAUCGGAUAUGGAAGCCGAACAUUUUGAUGAUUGGCAUACUCCGGUUAUUCCUGUCACCGCAAUUGAAGAAGCAGCAGAAACGGACUGCCUCGCCAAGCCAGAACCCGCAAAAUUACCCCAAAGCCCAUCAACUUCUGAAAUUUUUAACAUCCCUCAGAGCAAGUCUCUUCUUUCUCGAGACCUAUCUAAAGGUAAAAAAUCUGAUCAUGCACCACUGCAAGAUGUAGAUGGCCCAAUGGUUGCAGCAGCAGCUGCCACAACUGCAAUCAUGAAAAGUAAAGAGCCUCAAAGUUUAAUAGAUCCAGAGUUGUUGAUAAAGCUUCUUAGCAACCCAGAAUUGGUACAGAAGCUGAUUGAUGAACGCAGACUAGCUUCAGAUACUACAACUGGAACAUCUGGAUCAAAGAUGGUUGAGUCUUCAGUUCACCGUCCCAGCGCUAAAGGCAGCUUUCUGUUUGAGGAAUCUACCAUCGAAAGCUACAAACCUGACAAUCCCAGAACAGAGUUCAUCCACCGGCCAUCAAAAGUGAAAUGCUCGCCAGCUGCCCCAAGUAGAAUUAGGGCUCAGUUGGUCAGUACUGAAACUGGACCAACAUUUGCAUGGGAUGAAGUAGAACAGUUACUUCAUUUUCAGAGCUCAACUAUUGUUUCAUUGGUCCAAAAGUCCACUACCGAAAAUACGCAUCCAGGCAAUGCAGGAAUUGAGGCUCUACUAAGGCCAGGGAAUCAACCAUUAGCUGUUAAGGCAGAAACUGGAACAGGUCUUGGGCCAAAGCAAGUGACCACAUCAAUUUCAUUACUGAGCUCAAAGUCUGAUUUGCCAAGUCAGAACUCCAAUUAUGAAGUCUUUCAAAGAGCUGAUGUUGGAAAUAUGUCUCUGCUGAAAGCAUCACGUGCCUUAUCAAGCUCAACUCCUGAUGUUUUAAGUAAGAAAUCCACUGGUAGAUAUAUUCAACUGGCCGAUGAUGGACAUAUGGCUGUACCAAGGCUAGUGAAACGACCACAAGCCAACAAUAUUGAAGUUGGAGCAGGCUCUAGAUCAAAGACAGUGGCACCAUUAGUUCCCUUACUGAGCUCAAACCCUGAUUUUCCAGGUAAGAAUUUCAUGAAAGGACAUAGUCAACUGGGUAAUUUCAGAGAUCUCUCAGUACCCAGGUUUGUGAAACCAAACCUAGCUGGCUCUUCUAUAUCAGGAACAGCUUUUGAGCCAAAGAAAGUGACGCCAUCCGUUCCUUUGUCAAGCGUAUUGCCUGAUUUCAGCAAGAAGUCUUCUGGAGAACAUGGUCCACUUUUAUACACUAGCUUCCCUGAGCCUGCUGUAGAGAGGCAUUCCCAUACCUUUCCCCGAAUGCAACCUGAAUCCUUGGUUGAUCGGUUGGAUACUGCAUAUAUAGCACCACGUCUUGGAACUUCACCUGUCCCUGGAUCACUAGCUGAGGUAUAUCGCCUUAAGAAGUUGAUUGAAGAACAUGGGUCGCAUGAUCGUGCAGGAAAUGAUUAUGUUGGUGAAAUUCCUGCUCCAUCUUCUGUGCCUGGCGCAGAGCAUCCAUCUUUUCCUUUGGAGCCCUUGAGGAAAGAUAUCAGUUACUUCCAGUCCUUAAUCAGGCAACAUGGAGAAGAAAAAGGAAGUCAGGAUGAUGAGCUGUCUCUAUAUGGAAUAUCUCACAAUCACCUGCAGUCCAAGGAAUCAGAUCGAAAGUAUAAGAGAACUUGUAAGUUGUAUAAUAGUUCAAUGGGAUGCCGAAAUGGUUCCAGCUGCCGUUACGAGCAUGAUGUACCUGGACAGUGGAGGUCUGAUGUUGUGUUAGAGGCGCCUGGUGCAAAGAGGUUGAAGCUUGGUGGAAGUUUUACAGGGAGAACAUGAAGUAAAAUGUUGUGAGAGAUUGGCAACUAAAUUGUUAUUUCCGCAUAGUUGUUAUAGUUUGUACAGCUCAAGGACCAUUCUGUUUAAGUUGGCAGUUAAUGUCAACAAUGGAGGUCUGAAGGAACAUUUGUCAUAAUUUAGAAUUUCAGGACUUCCCUUCUUGUUUUCUCUCCUAACG